UGCCCUGAAAAUUAACCUUUCACUUACCCACCGUGAGUUUGACAGUUUCAGUAAAAACUAGAGUCUAGAACACACCCGCGAAAUCGCGGGUAUUUAGAGCUUGGUUGAAAGUAUGUAAACUGUUAUAGGGUGAAUUUUUGUAAAAAAUUUUAUGUCUGGAGAAAUUCAGAAAAGGUGAAACAUAUUUCUUUGAUGGAUAGAAGAAUUCAAAAGAUAUACCAACUCAUUGCAUUAGAUAGAUUGGAAUGGAAAUGGAAGUUUGAAUAUGUGUAAGCCAAAACAUGUUCAGUUGUAUAGAAUUUCAGAGAUGUAAUCCAUCAAUAUGUGUCCAAAGAUAUGAAUUGAUGUCCACAAGGACAAUUUAGAGAAAACAUGGAUGUUCAGAAAGAUACUCGACCAAAUGCAGCCGAUAUGAUAUCUUUACUGGAGACCAAUAUUGUCUGUACAGUGUCCCAUAUUGAAGAACUAAAAGCAUAUGAAGACAGGAAUUUUUAUUUAAGAAUUGUAACGAGUGAACAAAACCAGUGUGAUUACAUAGGGAAUUUAACAGAGUUUGUAGUAAAAGUGACAAAAUGUGAAGAAAUGAGCGAAUUAAAGUGGAAAUCUCUUAAGAAAAUAUUGAACUGCCUUCUGCAUAAUGGUUUUACCUGCACAAAGUUAUUAACUUCAUAUAAGAUGGAGAAGAAUGGAAAAAAUUAUUUAGUACUACUUUUGAAUUACAUACAAGGAAGCCCAUUGAUGUACCAUUGGUCAAAACUUAAUAAGGCUAUGGUGAUUAAACAAGUGGGAGAAAUGGUAGCUAAUUUACACAACACAUUACAGACUUUAGAUCCUUCAUUGUUGGCUGCAGAGAAAGAUGAAGAAGAUGCCUGGGUCCUAGAAAAUGCCAGUGUUAUGUUAGGAUAUUUAAUUGCAAUCAAGGAUGAUAAGGAAAGGGAGGUAAUAGAAUCAAUAAUUAAACAGUUUAUUAUCUUAAUGGAGCAGAAUGGAGAACAUUUUACAAGAGGAAUAGUUCAUGGAGAUUUACAUGAUAUGAAUCUAAUUGUGAACUGGAAAGAUGGUCAACUUCAGCCACAUUGUCAUUUUUCUGGGAAUUAUACAGUUCAAGAUCUGUUUGGAAUAAUAGACUUCAGUGAUAUGUGUGUUUCCUGUUAUAUUUAUGAAGUUGGACAGAUUAUUCGUGAUUUAAUGGUUUCAACAUGCCCAGAUAAUUGUUAUAUAGUGGCAGUUACCUUUUUGUCAGGUUAUUUGAAAUGCAGAAAAUUAAAUCAACAUGAACUAAGUAUUUUGUUUAUUUCUAUAAUGACAUCACUUUGUCAGUAUUAUGUUAUAAGUGAAUAUAAAUUCCAUGGACAGUCUGACAAUGAAUAUGCAACACUAGGUGCAAAAGAAGCAUAUCAUUUGAUUAUGGAAUUUCAUAAUACAAAUGAUAUUUUUAUGUCAUUUCUGUCAAAGUUCUUACAAAAUGAAUUUCACAUUGAUUUGAUACAUUCCUCCUAGGUAAUAAAAUUUAACAUGAUUCA